AUGGAUUCCACUUCGCACAAGAAGCGACGCAAGAUCUCUCCACGGCCGAAGGAAAAUGUACCUCCUGAAGGACACGAUGAUGUAAAGGAGGUUAAAGAGCGGCGCGGGUCGAAGCGACGGUUGAAAGGCUCAUUGGCGGCACUGCUGGACAUGCCGCUGGACAUUCUUUUUCUGAUAUUCGCGCUACUGGAUCCCUUGGACCUUCUGCAUUUGGCGCGUCUCUCCAAGGCAUUCCGACGCGUCCUGAUGAGCAAAACGUCUAUAACUGUCUGGCGCAGCGCUAUAAAAAAUGUUGAUGGCUUCCCCGCCGCCCCUAUUGGCAUGUCCGAACCGGCGUGGGUCGGUAUCCUCUUUGUCAGCACUUGCCAAUUCUGUUGGACAUCUACUGUUCGGUCUCCAAACAUUCUUCUGAUGACUCGUAUCUGCUCCGCAUGUUUGAAGACCCAUACUGUCGGGGAAACAGAGCUCGAGUCUAGCAUGCAGCGUGGACCCGGAGACAUGAACAUUCAUUCUAUCCUGCAGUUAAUUCCCACCACCUGGAUGAAGCUUGGCAACGAUGGUCUUCAAAAGACAUGCCUACGCAGCGAUUUCGACUAUGUCAUACAGAAGCUGACAUCAUUUCAGCGCAAGGAAGAGCGAGAUAUCUAUAUACAGGAACGCAAGGCAUUGGUGGCGAUCCUUAGCGACCAUGCCAGGCUAAGUUCUGAUUGGUACGACAUUCAGACUUUGAAGCGGUCCAGGGAGCUGGAAAACCUGAAGGAAGAACGUUCUCAAGCCAUCAUUCAAAGAUUAACUGAACUUGGAUAUGGAAAGGAGAUACGAAACAUCCAGUCGCCUGAUACUCCUUUAGAGAAGCACUUUCUAGUGAGACAACCACGUCCUUUGACGGAGAAAGUUUGGAAUAACAUAAAACCCCAGCUGAUACAGUAUCUCGACAGAAUGAAAGCUCACCGGAUGGCUCGCAAACGGCAAAAAGUAGUCCAAUCUCGGAAGGAAACCGCCAUCGCCAUCUUGAGGAAGUAUAAAAACUCACUUCCUCUUCUCACCGUCGCUCCUUCGGUUGUUGAUUUCCUCGAGCUGGACUGCGUCCGUCAAGUCACCAACCAGCCGUCGAAGAUUAGUGUCGAUGAAGCGUCCUUCGAUCCCAUCGUAAAGCAGCUCCCGGAAAUUUUCGCGACGUUCCAAGGGUCGGUUGAGCAACGGGUUAUCGAGCACAGCUUUGGCGCAGAUUCUUCCUUAUCUGACGAGGAGAAAGUGACACAGUCCAGGCUCGCCUGCAACGCCUUCUAUUGUCAACGCUGCACCAUUUGGGCCCGACAGCUCAACAAGCGAAAGAAGAAGAACUACCCCGAAUGGGUAACACCUCUAUUCUACCCUGACAAUAUGUUGCAUCGCUGUCUCCAUCUCGAGUUCCAUAGCAGUUACAAGCCCAAGGACCCUGUGCUAGUGACAGAUGGUUAUCGCGUUCGGCGGGCGUGGAGUACGGACGAGCUGGUUGUCGAUGAGGAUUUCCGCAAGGUGAUCAGAGACGUGAUCUUGUUGGUGGGGAAAGAUCCCGGGGAGACGACAGCCCAGGAUAUGGAUUUGGCACUAGAAGAUAUACAGUUCAAAUGUGACAAGUGCCCGCCUAUGCUCAGCGAGGAUGUGUUGCCUCCUACGCAUAGGCUCUUGCAUUUCGAGCUGUACGGGUGGAGGACACUUGUGCAGCAUCUCUUCACGCAGCAUUAUCGCGAGACGGAAUCGCUGGAGUCGUAUAUCCAGCUUAUCGAAUCAUGGUCAGAGGACUGGGAAAUGGUGGAUGAAUCUGCGGACGACGGUACUAGCGAUUCCGUUAGCCCGCACUGCGUGGACCUUCCUUUAAGCCUUUACUAUCUGUUUCUCCCUGCGUUUCUUACUAGGAUUUCUCCGUUUAGCCAUGAUGUGCAACACGUCGAGGCCUUUGUUGAUAUCUUCAAGCCAAUGUUGGAGAGACCGUUUGCGGAGCGGGCUGCACGAACGACUGAGCUCAUGGGUAUUUUCCCCGAGGGGCACCCCUUGAAAUCGGCUGAUCGCAUUGACGAUUUGUGA